AACAAUGAAGUGGGUCCGAGCUUCAAACGAGUCGCAAACGUCGCUGAUAUCGUUCAAUCAAUGUCGCAACAGUUGACACACUUAGUGGAGUGGGCAAAAAGCAUAGAAGUUUUCAGCAAUCUCGAUUUUGACGAUCAGGUGGCACUCUUAAGAGCUUUCGCAAGUAAACAUUUGCUCCUAACAGUGGCUAGGAGGUCACAAGAUCUGAACGACUGCUUGAUCCUUGGAAACGAUUGUGUCAUUACAAGAAAUGUUUCAG